GGUAUAUCCAUUGACAACUAACUUGAGCUAACUUCACGUUAGUUUUUAUUGUUGAAAAAAAGUUAGGUUAUGGUUGAUUUGUUAGUUUAAAUUUUUAUUAUUUUUUAAAUAUCCGUACUAUCUCACUGGAAAUGGAUGAAGCAGGCCCGAGUACUAAGGCAGAGAGUAGUGACGAAGAUGAUCCUGUAGUAAAAGAGAUUCCCUUAAUUCAUUCUACAAAGCUAGAAUCAAUUUUGCAUUUAGUUCAGUUCCCCCUUAAAACCAAAUCUUGUCAAAAUGAAAACGUAAUAAAAAAGUGUCUUUAUAAACCAGAAAACAAGGAAUUAAUGCUAGAAAUGUCCAUCAAUACAGAGUCACCAAACUUUGACUCAGGUCGGGCAGAAUUGAUCGCUAAUGAAAUCGACGGAGAUGCAAGUUCAAAAAAUAACAAAAAGCCGUAUUUUGAAAACGAGAUAGUUGAUAAGGUAUUCUUAAAAUCGGUGGGAUGUACUAAAGAUUCUGAAAAUUAUGCUAUUGCAGCUUAUAAUGGACGAGAAGUACAUAUAACUUCUAUAACAGAUGUGUAUCAGCUUAGGCCUUAUUUUCCUUACCUUGACAAAGGUUUAAAGAGAAAAAAGGACAUUUUAAAUAACGCUGAGUCGGAUGAAGAAGAGGCAGGACCUAGUACAGCUAAACAGGUAACUGUUAAAUAUAAACAAGCUGAAGAUCCUGACCAAAAGAAAGUUCGCGAUGCGAACUAUCAAUUGUUGCAAGCAAAAAGGGAGCAAGAAACAUGGACUGAAUGUAACUGGUAUGAUGAAGGCAGCACAGUUAGUGAUGUAGAAAAAUUAAAAUUGAUCUCGGAUAACUUAUAUGAUAUAGGGCAAGCUCAAAAUUUGGGAAUAGAAGAAUAUGUGAAACUGUUGGUGCCCGAAGAUCAAGAGCAUAAACCGUUGGAGCCAACGCUACCUAGUCAUAUUUUAUCGCUGCAUGCUUUGAGAGGGUUGCCUCUUUUAGAACAGUGUAGAUUACUACUUAAAGAAGCUCAAAUAAUACAAUUUCAACAAAUCAUGCUACUGCUUGCCGGUGUUGAAGGAGUAACAGCGGAUGCCUUGUUGAAGAACCUCCAAAAAGUAGCUGUUUUAGUUAUAGGAAACUGGGUAGUAAAGUCAGAGAUUUUGUAUCCAGACAAUAGUUUUUCUGCUACAAGUGGUGUGCCUGCAGAACUAAUGUGUAGAGCUAGAGAUUAUAUUUUAUACUUAUUUACAAAACAUCAAUACGUCGAGCGAAAAAAGGUCUCAUCUUUACUAAAAAUUCCUAGCGAAGAAGUGAAAGAAAUAUUUGCUGGUAUUUCAAAGUUAAGAACGCACAAUAAGGGUUGGGAAUUGUCACUGCCACCAGAUCACGACUUUAUAAACCGGCACUCUGAUUUAGCCCAAAGGCAGAACCUUUACUGGGAACACAGGUACCACCAACUUAGUCUAUUUCUCAAUCAACCCAGUAGACAGAGACGGAAAAGUAAAAGUACGUCGGAGAGCGACGGUGGUGGCAAAACGAGAUUGAGCAGCGUCAGUUGGUAAGAGAAUAUUUGGUUAUU